AUGGUCGGCCUCACAGAUGCAAUAUAUUAUCUCGUCCAUCCUCAAGAACUGAGGUCAAUCAUCCAAUGGAAAGUGUGGCAUAACCCUGUCCACGAAAGAGACGAGAAGAAUGUGUCCGAAACGCAGAAAAAAUGUUUCGAGUUCCUAGAACUCACCAGCAGAAGCUUCAGCGCCGUCAUUAUGGAGCUGCAUCCUGAACUACUUCUCCCUGUCUGCCUAUUCUAUUUGGCCCUACGCGGUCUGGAUACUAUCGAAGACGACACCUCAAUCCCUUUACAAACAAAAGAGCCCCUUCUCCGCGGCUUCCACAAUAUCCUGGAGGAGGAUGGCUGGUCGUUCAAUGGCAACCGACCUGAGGAGAAAGAUCGCGAACUGCUAGUUCAGUUUCACAAUGUUGUUACUGAAUUCAAGCUGAUAAAACCUGCUUAUCGGACAAUCAUAAAGGACACCACCAAGAAAAUGGGCAGUGGCAUGGCAGAUUAUUGCAGGAAAGCAGAGUUGGAUACUGCGAAGGUCAAAACGGUAAAAGAAUAUGACCUCUAUUGUUAUUACGUUGCCGGCAUCGUUGGCGAGGGUCUCACAAGGCUUUUCGUGGAGGCUGGCUUUGCUAACCCGGCUCUCUUGGAACGUACUGAGCUUUUCAUAUCUAUGGGUUUGUUCCUUCAAAAGACAAAUAUCAUCCGUGAUGUAGAGGAAGAUUACGUGGACAACAGGUGCUUUUGGCCACAGGAAAUUUGGUCCAAACACGUGGAUGACUUCGAAGACCUGUUCAAACGAGAAAACAGAGAGGCUGCCCUCAACUGUAAUUCGGAGAUGAUCCUGAAUGCUCUUGGGCACGCCGAUGAAUGUCUCUUCUAUCUCGCUGGCCUGAGAGAGCAGAGUGUUUUUAAUUUCUGUGCCAUCCCUCAGUCAAUGGCUAUUGCCACUCUUGAACUUUGCUUCCGUAAUGAGGCCAUCUUUGAACGAAAUAUUAAGAUCACCAAGGGCUCCGCCUGCCAACUCAUGUUCCAGUCCACUCAAAAUGUUCGCGCUAUCUGUGAUGUUUUCCGACAAUACUGUCGAAAAAUUCACAAGAAAAAUACUCCCAAAGACCCUAAUUUCCUCAAAAUCAGCAUUGCCUGUGGGAAGGUUGAAACUUUCAUCGAAUCUAUCUUCCCGUCCCAAGCUGUUGAGGGUGCCCAACGGAAAGCGAAACAGGAACCCAGCGCCCAAGAAGCAGAACAAGCUCGACUAGAUGCCGAAGCCCGACAAGACAUAAUGUACAUCAUGCUUGCGUUGUUCGGUAUUCUGGCUAUUCUUACAGCAAUCAUGGUAUAUUCACAUUUUUACUCCCUUCCGAAAUUUUUUAAUCUAUUCGCUGACCAUUCUUUUGAGAUCUUUGCUGCAUGGCUCAUGGGAGCCCGCUUCGACCUCGCGUUCCAGCAAAUCAAGCAAGGAAACCUUCGCCCUCCACCACGUAUCUCAAAUCAUCAGGAACUGUAG